GUUAUUCCUUUUUUAAAUAUAAAAAUCACAAAUUUGUCACUUUUAUUGCUGCUAACACACACACACACACACACACACACACACGUAGGUACAUAUAUAUAAAAAAAGAAAAUAAACUGCACAUGAAGCCGUUCAGAAGAUCUUUCACUCAAAUGUUUUUAUUCGUGCAUUAAAAUGUUGGGGUUUUUUUUCUUUCCUCCUCUAUGGACGAAAUUAAACUUACGUUUCUGCUGCCAAAAGAAAAAGAAAAAAAGAAAUCCGUAAAAGAGAACAAAAAAAUGCCGGCGCGAAACUGGAAACAGAAAGAAAGAAAAAAAAAUCAUCAAAAAGUGUUGAAAGCGCACUCGGUUCCUUAUUAGGCGAAGAUACAAUAUUUAUUCCGUGUCUCCAGGGAUGAGGCUCCUUCUCUCUCUAUUGUCCUCCCAUUCCUCAAUGCUGAUGCUUAAUUUUCAAAACUUCUAUAUUACCAAGGGACCUACGACAUCAGCCGGAGAAAAACCCCGGCAAGUACAUAAUCCGAGCCAGGGAGCCGCUCGGUGCAGUGGGGAGAGACACGCGCGCGCACUUUGCACCGACACCGACUCCGACAGGCCACGAUUUCACCAGUUUUUCCGGCGGAUUUUUUUCCCCCGGUCUCCUCUCAGUCCUUCCUUCCUUCCUUUCUUCCCUUCCUUCUUUGCUGAGUUUAAUUCGGGCGGCGAGCGCGAGGAUAAUCCGGGGAGUGUUUUUUUUUUUUUUUUUGUCGGAAGCGCGAGAAUGUCAGCCACCUUUCCGGGACUGGUUCAUGAUGCGGAGAUACGUCACGACGGAUCAAACAGCUACCGUUUGAUGCAGCUCGGCUGCCUGGAGUCAGUGGCCAACUCGUCGGUGGCUUACUCGUCGUCGUCUCCGCUCACGUACCCGGCCACCGGGACAGAGUUCGCGUCGCCGUACUUCCCCGCCAACCACCAGUACACGCCCCUGCACCACCAGUCUUUCCACUACGACUUCCAGCACGGGCACCACGCGGCCGUGAACGCCGACGCGUACUACUCGCAGCAGUACUACCAGCAGCUGCACCAUCACGGCGAGCCGACCGACUUCAUCAACCUGCACGGCGCGCGCGCGCUCAAGUCGUCGUGCCUGGACGAGCAGCGGCGCGAGCUGGGCUGCCUGGACGCCUACCGACGCCACGACCUGUCGCUCGUGAGCCACGGCUCGCAGUACGGUGUGCACCCCGAGCAAAGGCUGCUGCCGGGUGCCGGUCUGGGUCUUCCAACGCCGGGGGCUGAUGACCUACAGGGAUCCGUGGACGCGCAAUGCGGGCUCAUGUUGAACGGACAAGGCGGGGUUAUCCGGCGAGGAGGCACGUGUGUGGUGAACCCUACAGAUCUGUUCUGCUCCGUCCCCGGACGUCUCUCUCUCCUCAGCUCUACCUCCAAAUACAAAGUGACCAUAGCGGAAGUCAAGCGGCGGCUCUCUCCUCCGGAGUGUCUCAACGCCUCGCUGCUGGGCGGCAUCCUCAGGAGAGCGAAGUCUAAAAAUGGCGGCCGGUGUCUCAGAGAGAAGUUGGACAGGUUGGGGCUGAAUCUCCCAGCAGGCCGCAGGAAAGCCGCCAACGUCACGCUGCUCACGUCUUUAGUGGAAGGCGAAGCGCUACAUCUGGCGCGGGAUUUUGGCUACACCUGCGAGACAGAGUUUCCCACUAAAGCUGUGGGCGAACAUCUGGCACGGCAGCACACAGAGCCGAAAGAGCAGAACGCCCGCAAGAAAAUGGUGCUGGCCACCAAGCAGAUCUGUAAGGAGUUUCAAGAUUUGUUAAGUCAGGAUCGAUCUCCGUUGGGUUCCUCAAGACCGACACCAAUCCUGGACUUAGAUAUUCAGAGACAUCUAACACAUUUCAGUCUGAUCACACACGGUUUCGGCACGCCGGCGAUCUGCGCCGCUCUCAGCACCUUCCAGACGAUCCUCAGCGAAAUGCUGAACUACCUGGAGAAGCACUCGGCCAAUAAGAGCACGGGAACGCCCGACGGCAGCCAGAUCAACUCCAACUCGGAAAAGACGCCGCUACGCAAAACGAACGAGACGCCGUCAAAAGACGGGAAAAUGGAGAAAACUGAAUGACUCCCCCCCCUCCUCCCCCCCCACACUCCUUUUUUUAAAAUUUAUUUAUUUAUUUGUGUAUUAUUUUACCAAAAUUAGGACUUGCUGCUGACUCACUUCCUGCUCUGAGCUCUGAUGAUGGGCGGACUCUUAUUCGGGGGCGUGUCUCAUACAGAGAGCUUCUUUUUUUUCCGUGGUUUAUUUUGAAGUUCUGCGAUUCUUUUAUUACUCGGUUAUUUUACUGACGUGUCUUUCUGAGUUAUUCGGUCCCGAGCUCGU